AUGGCUGCCGCAGUGGCCUCCGCCCACCAAGCGGGCGGCCCCAACAGCAACUCUCAACAACUAAGUCAGGCCGCAGCAGCCGCCGCAGCCGCGGCCCAGCAGGCCCAGCAGCAGUACUGCCUGAAGUGGAACAACCACACCAACAACAUGGUGAAGGUCUUCAAUGAGCUGCUGGGCGACGAGAGCUUCGUCGACGUGACGCUCGCCUGCGACGGCCUCAGCCUGAAGGCGCACAAGCUGGUGCUGAGCGCCUGCAGCACCUACUUUCGUGAUCUGUUCCUCAACAAUCCCUGCAAGCACCCGAUUGUGAUACUGAAGGACAUGCGCUACGAGGACCUCCGGGCCAUCAUUCACUUCAUGUACAGCGGCGAGGUCAACGUCAGCUACACGCAGCUGGGGCCGCUGCUGAAGACCGCCGAGGCGCUGAAGGUGAAGGGCCUGACGGAUGUGAAUGAGAAGCACGGCGGGAACUUCUUUGCCGGUGGCGGCGGUGGUAAUGGAAACAGUGCCAGCACGCCCACUUCGACGGUCAAGGAGAUGAAUGGCGAUGCGACGGCGGCCAAUGCUUCUGCCUACUCUNCGGAUGUGAAUGAGAAGCACGGGGGCAACUUCUUUGCCGGCGGCGGUGGAAAUGGAAACAGUGCCAGCACGCCCACUUCAACCGUCAAGGAGAUGAAUGGUGAUGCGACGGCGGCCAAUGCUUCUGCCUACUCUUCUUCGGCAAAUGCAAAUCGAAUGGACCUAGAUGGAAGCAUCGACGCAGGUGUCGGAGACGGCCGUUCGCCUUUCAAUUCAACCACCGCAGGAAUUGCCUCCUCCUCGCCGCUGCCCAGUCCAAGAGGCGCAAUCAACCACAACAGCCUGAACAACAGCGGCGGCAAUGCUGGCGACGUGUCCAGUCAGUACCUGGCCUUUAUGAACCAGCGGUUUCAGCGGAAGAAGAAGCGAAAGCAUGGCGGCGGAAAUUUGGGAGGCGGAAACGGCAAAAACGGCGGCUCGGCGCUGGCCCUCGCCAACAUGCUCGCCGCCAAUGGAAACUUUGCGGGCAUGGCGGCGGCGGCGGCGGCGGCGGCCGCAGCAGCAGCCGCAGCUGCCUCUAACGGAGGAGGAGCCCCCAGCGGACUGAACGGCAGCAAAAAUGGCGGCAAUCCUGCUCAGAAUGGCCUCUCGCCGACGAAGAAGAGUCUGCUGAUGACCAACAACAGCAACAGCAGCGGCGCCAAUCACCUGGUGGAGGACGGAGAGGACAACAACGAGUCGGGCGAUGAGGUGAACUCGGCGAAGCGCCUUAAAGGAGGUGGAAACAAUGGCGGCGGAAACUCCUCCUCCGACCGAGACGACAACAGCACGGUGAACCAGGACGACCCGAGCAAGUCGCCCGGCUCGUCGUACCACAACUCCAGCAACAACUCCUCCAGUCAUCUGCUCAACACCAGCGGAGGAGGAGGAGGAGGAGGUGCUCCUGGGGAAGGAGAUAACCUGGGCGGCGACAAGCCGAGCCAGCUGGAGCAGUCGGAGAUGAUGGCCAUGAUGGCCAUGUCGAUGGCUAAUCGAGCUGCUGCCGUCAAUGGCAAUGGCAGCCGAGGUGGUGGUCAGGUGGGCGAUGCCGAUGAUGAGGACGAGGAUGAGGACGAGGAUGAAGAAGAGGAGGAUGAGGAGGAAGCAGCCGACGUGAAGCCGAUCGUCUCGCUGGACGAGUCGCCCUCCGACUCGAACAUGGACGACAACAACAGCAACUACUCGAACUCUUUUGUGGCGCCCAUUCUCGAGAACUCACUGGCGGGCAUCUCGCCCGGCUCACAGCUGCCCAAUGGCUCCACCAAAAUGUGCGUCUGCCACCUGUGCCACCUGACCUUCACGGCGUACAGCAGCCUCCGGCGCCACAUGACCAGGCACUACGCCGACCGGGAGCGCUACGAGUGUGAUAUCUGCCUGAAGUCGUACAGUCGCAAGGACUACCUGAAGGAGCACAAGAAGCUGAAGCACUCCGACGUCGCCAAGGUCAUGAGCAGUCAAAAGUCGGCGAAGGUGGCCGCGGCGGCGGCGGCCGCGGCCGCUGCAGCUGCUGCCGCCGCAUCAGCGGCUGGCACUGCCUAA